AUGUCAAACAGAAGGGGUCCAAGACAAGUUGCUAGGUUUACUGAAGCUGAGGUUAAUGAACUCAUCUUGAAACUACAAGCAUUGUUGCCUCACUCUACUUCAACCUCAUGUAAUACUACUAAGAUAGCAGCAUCAAAGGUGUUAAGAGAGACAUGCAAUUACAUCAAGAAUCUGCACAAAGAGGUUGAUGAUUUAAGUGAGAGGUUGUCUGAGCUUCUUGCUAAUGGGGAAAUAACCAAUGCUGAUGCUGAUUUUAUAAGGAGGCUUCUCAAACAGUGA